AUGGUAAACACUAAUCCUGGUGUCUCUGUAAGCCUAAGAGCUUCGAGCCAGAGUAUAGUGCAUGGAUGUCCCGGAGUACCCAGAAGUAUCCCUCGUAUUGAAACUGUAGUAGAACUAAGACCCGUCAAUGGAAGGCCAUUCCACUUGAGAGCUGUAGUUAUAGAACUCAGAACAAUCCAGAAAAUAUCCGUACCUACCACACUUGGGUCUCAAGAUACCUUCAGGGAAUACAAAGUAUAUGAGGACGUAGUGUUUAGCCCUACUGUGGGAUCUUUCUCACAGGAAUUGUUGGGAGUUGAUAUCCCUAUCUUAUUCACAAUCCCCAGAGAGAUUCUGUCUUCAGGGAUGGCUCCGCUAUGGAGUGCAUCUGUCUCACAUCGACUCUGUGUCAAAGUGUUUUUGGGGAACUCGUACAACGCAGAGACUACCCAUAUGGAGACAUUCCCAGUGGUGAUCAAAUUGUAUGACACUUUACCGCUUUAUAGGCAGUAUAACGAACCCUUGGUUAGACAAGUGAUAUCACCAGAUAACCAGGUUGAGGUGAACUUGUUGAUGCCCAUUACCGCCGUUGGGCCCAAAGAUAUAUUCUCCAUUGAUGUCAGUAUUAAGGCAAAUGCAUUGCAUAAUAGAGUUAGCAAGUUCUUAAAAUUGAAAGAACUCACCUUCCAAAUAAAGGAGAUCUUGGAAUGUCAUGAGGGUGGAUUACCUGCGAGGAAGGAGGCUAAGCUAUUAUCGGACCACAAGGAUUUUCUGGGGAUAAAAGAAAAAUUGACAUCUUCACAGUCUAUACGAUGUCAGUUCAAUGUGGCAUUUCCCGUGGAGAAUGACUCCUUGCACAUAUAUGAUAGCAGCAGAAGUAAUAAUGACGAUACUGGUAAUUUUAACCAUAAUAGUAAUUAUUAUGGCAAUCUUGAGUACAAUCUGCAAAACAAUAUAACUGAAGAUGCUUUUAGUGGGUUGGAUGGACUAGGCUCUUCGAGCUCAGCGACAGUGACAUCUGCGAAUAUUGCCAAAUAUAAUAUUAUGGAUAAGUUGGAUGAAGGUAUCCCACUUACGCAUGUCCAAGGUUUUACAUCGCUGGGUAAAUUGUUCCUGCUUAGGUAUGAAGUUGUCCUUAAGAUCAAAUUAGCGCAUAGCAAGGAUAUGGACCUUAGAAUUCCCUUAACAGUAAGUCCAUUCGACAGAAAGAGCAGUGCAUAUUUAUUAAACUGGAUAAAGAAAGAAUGUGAAAUGGCAGCUCAGUUAUUUGGGAGAGAAAUGGUAAAUUGGUUUAUUCAGAAUGAAUCUCGAGCUAACGACAUACUACGAAAGAGGUAUUUGGCACCCCCGAUUCUUUAUAAGAACACUAGAAAUGAUUGGAUAAGGCUAGGCUUCAACGGUGAUGCAUUCGGAGGGCGCCACCCUUCAAAAAUGGUAGAGUACAUCGAUUAG